CAAAACAACCAAAAUCCAUCAUCAAAAUGCAUUUUUCAUUGCAAAAUCUCAUAAGGGUCACUCUCAUUUUCAUCUUAACCAUCAAUUCACCUUCACUUUCAGCUCCAUUUUUACCUCUAAACAAUGUAACUCUCUAUGGUGACGCUUCAUUUACUGCAAAAUCCAUCAACUUAACACAACAACACAACUGUUCAUCAUCAUCAACACAAACAUCUCCUGUUUCUGGUAUUGGAAGAGCUUUUUACACAUAUCCAGUUCGUUUUCUUGAUUCUUUAACAAAUAACACUGCUUCUUUCUUAUGUACUUUCACUUUUACAAUACUAGCCACCCCUUCUUGUCCUUUUGGUGAUGGGUUUGCGUUCUUGAUCACUUCUGAUGUUGAUUCUUUGAGUAUAUCUGAUGGAUAUAUGGGUUUACCGAAGCAAUAUUCGGAUAUGGAAGAUUCAUAUUUGGCUGUGGAGUUUAAUACUAAUGAUAACCAUAUUGGUGUUGAUAUGAAAGAAUCUUGGUCUUUGGGUUCUAUUGAUGUUGAUUUGAAAAGUGGGAAAGAAAUGGCGGUUAGGAUUGAGUAUAAAGAUUCUGAGAAAAUGAUUAGAGUUUGGAUUGGUUAUGAAUUGCAAAUUAGGCCACCUAAUCCUGUUCUGUCAACCCAUAUUGAUAUUUCUAAUCAGUUGAAGGAGUUUAUGAGGAUUGGUUUUACUGCUAAAGGGUCUGCUGUUUAUUCGAUUAAUCGUUGGCGGUUUAGAACGUUUGGUUUGAUUUCGUCUUCAAUGUCUUGGGAUCAAUCUGAUGAAGGAGAUUGUUUGAUGUGUUUCCCUGAGGAAAUUGGUGAGCAUUCUUCUGAUUCUAAUCAUAGUAAAAGUUUACUUAAAUUGAUUUUUGUAUAUGGAGGGAUAGCUGUAAUUGUUGCACUUCUUGGUUUUAUUCUGGCUAUUGUGUUUGUUUUUGUUUCAAAACGAAGAAAACGUGAUAAAGGGGGGGAGGAGGGUGAAGGGAAAAUGUGUAGAUUACAAGGAAAUAGAGUUCCUCAAAGAUUGUCGUUGUCCGAAAUAAAAUCAGCCACAGAAGGUUUUAAUCAUGAAAGGAUAAUUGGUGAAGGUGCAUCUGCUGUUGUGUAUGAAGGAGAUAUUCCCUCUAAGGGAGCUGUGGCUAUUAAAAGAUUUGUCCAAGGGAAUAGAUUAGGUCCUUCACAUAUACCUUUUAAUACUGAAUUUGCUUCUAUGGUUGGUUGUUUAAGACACAAGAAUUUGAUUCAGUUACAAGGUUGGUGCUGUGAGAGGAAUGAGUUGGUUUUGGUGUAUGAAUUCAUGCCUAAUGGUAGCCUUGACAAAAUCCUUCACGAGCGAUCGCAUUUGACUAAGUUUCUGACAUGGGAGAGAAGACUUAACAUAGUUCUUGGUGUUUCAUCUGCUUUGGUGUAUCUGCAUGAAGAGUGUGAGGAACAUAUAAUUCAUAGAGAUGUCAAGACUUGUAAUAUAAUGCUUGAUGCUGAGUUCAAUGCCAAGCUUGGUGAUUUUGGUUUGGCAGAAGUGUUUGAUAAUUCUAGGACAAGGGAUGCUACUGUGCCAGCUGGCACAAUGGGGUAUUUUGCACCGGAGUAUGUUUAUUCCGGUAUUCCAACUGUUAAAACAGAUGUGUAUAGCUUUGGUGUUGUGGUACUUGAAGUGGCAUCAGGUAGAAAGCCUAUCGAUGAAGGUGGCAUUUUGAUUACUGAUUGGGUGUGGGAUUUGUGGGAGAAAGGGAGGGUAACUGAGGCUGCUGAUCCUAAACUAAUGGGACGAUUUCAGAAGAACGAGAUGGAUAGGAUGCUCGUCGUGGGACUUUCUUGUGUGCAUCCUAAUGAUGAGAAGAGACCGAGAAUGAGAGAAGUUGCGCGUAUGCUUAAAGAUGAAGCUCCACUUCCUAUUUUGCCUCCAAAGAAGCCAACUGUGAGGAUUCAAUCUGUUUUACCAGAGGGGUGUGAAGAAAUCAUGAAUUGGGCUGGAAGAUUGGAGGAUACACCAUGGUCCACUCCAAAAACUCAUUUUAGCAGGAACUAGCUUUGAGGAAUGGAUUUUUGGUACACCUGCUGAACUGCUUUCGUCACAAGGAUUGAUUCAUUUCUUGUGCUAUUCAAGAUUUAUGAAUACUUACUAUAUUGAAUUGCACUACUUGAAAAUGUCUGAUUUGCACUUCUGUUUGCAACAAGUAGUGCAGAUAUUGCUAAAUUUUGAUGCAGGUUGAAUACAGUACUUGAAAUUUACCUUUUUGAAAUCCAUGCACUUUCAGAAAGUCUAUAAUUAGGAGAAAAAUUUACUUUG